CCCCCGAACCCUGGGCUCCCGUGGAGUACUCAGUAAAUGGUUUCACUGCCCUCUCUAGUCACUUUAGAAGCCCGGAAAUUCGUGGAGAGGGAAGUCUAGGACCAGACCGGAUCCAGGGACCUAUAGAGGCAGUGAAUUCCGACCUCUUCGCACGCCUGGCUCCGCCCACAGUGAGUUUAAGCACGCCCUACGGUGGAGACAGGCGUGUCCAAGACAGUGCGUCUUCCUGUGAGCGUGCGCGCCCCCGAGUGCGCGUGUCUUUGGCGCGGGCUCCCAUGGUCUCGGCGGCCAGCGAUCGGCUUUGAAGAGCUGGAACUGCGGACAGCAAAAGAGGCGUGAUCAGGGGUUCUUAUUGGUGUGGGCCACACCCUCUCAUUUGUCACCAGACCCCGCCUUCAGCAGUCAGGGACUCCAGCCUCACCCUGAAUUCAUUCAUUCUGCGACUAGUGAGUGCGUGGGACUUGAGGGUGAAUCAGACCCUCAAGUUCAGGGCACUGUGGGGAAAUAUGGAUCUAGCCUCCAACCAUGACAGCCUAGGGCUGUCAAGAAGCCAUCAAGACCCCGGGACCCUUUACACAUCCGGAAGGCUUCCCAGAGAAAGUGAGGCCUAAAUCGAGCCCUGAAAAAUGGUUAAGAGGUUGCUCCAGGGACACAUUGGCAAAAGAAUUCUUGGCAGAAGAAGCUGAGACGUGAAAGAAACAGGUGAAUUCUGGUAAUUACGAGGAGACUAUUUGCAUAAGCCUGGUGAAGGAGCAGACACUGGGGAGGGUGGAGAAUUUCUUGGGUUCCUGGCAGCAGACUCUGGACUCAACAAGGAUAACAUGGGACAGGGGCUUUCUCCUCUGACCACAUCCACUCAUGCUGGUCUCUGCAUGCCGUUCUGUGUCCCUAGAGGUCAACAGUCUGGGAAGUUGUCACGACAGAACUGGAUGUGACCCUCAGGAGAGAAUGGUACUGGACUCGGGGACCCAGGUGUAUGAGCAGGCACCCCCCAGCCCACCUGCCAGUUCCCCAUCUCAGCACCAUAAGCUGAAGCCCUCAAACCGAAAUGGGCCACCCCUGUAUCCCUGGCCUCAGUCCCUGGCUAUGCCCUUGGCUUUGGCAGUUCCCUCAGCACUGCAGCACCAGACUAUGUGGCAGACCUUCUCAAAGCUGCACUUGGAACAGCGUAGCCACAUGAAGCGCAGCGAGAGCACCUACAGUGUAAAUAGUACUGGCCGGCGGGGGCGUGGCAAAGCCCCACUUGGACGGGGAUGUGAUCCAGGUGGAGGGACCCUACGGCCUGCAGCCUCCUUACCUCACAUUGCUAAGAUUCGAAAGGAUGUAGUCAGUGGUAGCAACAAGAGCCCCUGUAUGUUGGUGGCCCUGCGGCCAACUAACAUGGACCAGGAACGGGAAAAGUUCUUCCAGUCUCAUUAUGCCUACAAUCCACAGUUCGAGUAUCAGGAACCAAUGCCAAUGAGUGUGCUGGAGAAGUACCAGGAGGCCUCUGGGCAGUUCAUGCAUCAGGCAGUUGGCAUCAUUAAGGCUGUCCUGGAGAAGUUUGGCACUUAUGAAAACUUUGAGGCUGCCACAGGGGGUCAGCUGCUGACCAAGUGCCAAAUUUGGUCCAUUGUGCGCAGAUACAUGCAGAAGGAGGGCUGUGUUGGGGAGGUUGUUGUACAACUGAGUGAAGAUCUGCUGUCCCAGGCAGUGAUGAUGGUGGAGAACAGCCGACCCACAUUGGCCAUCAACUUGACCGGAGCCCGCCAGUACUGGUUGGAGGGCAUGCUUCGGCACGAGAUAGGCACCCACUACCUGCGUGGUGUGAAUAAUUCGCGACAACCAUGGCACAGUACUGAAGGCAGACAGCAAUACGGCCUUCGGCCAGCCAAUCCCACUGAGGAGGGCCUGGCCAGCCUGCAUAGUGUGCUGUUUCGAAAGCAACCGUUCCUGUGGCGUGCCGCCCUGCUCUACUAUACCAUCCACCAGGCGGCGCACAUGUCCUUCCGCCAGCUCUUCCAGGAUCUGGAGCAAUACGUGCAAGAUGAGGAUGUACGCUGGGAGUACUGCGUCCGUGCCAAGCGAGGACAGACGGAUACCUCACUGCCAGGCUGCUUCAGCAAGGACCAGGUGUACCUGGAUGGCAUUUUGCGCAUCCUGCGGCACCGUCAGACCAUCGAUUUCCAGCUGCUGACCUCGCUGGGCAAGGUCUCCUAUGAAGAUGUGGAACAACUGCGACCCCAUGGGGUACUAGAUAAAACCAGAGUGCCCCACUUCAUGAAGGACUUGGAUCGUUACCGGCAGCAGCUGGAACACAUCAUGACUACCAACCGGCUAGAUGAAGCGGAGCUGGGCCGCCUGCUGCCUGACUGAUAUUGGCUAAGGGUUAUAGACAGAAGCUCUUGCAGAGGUCUCAGAUCAGAAUACGAAGUUCUUUAUGGUUCCAUAGCCUAGGUGUUUCUUGGGGGCAUUUGGGAGGACAGGAGCAUCUUGGGAAGAUGAGAAGCAACAUCAGAAGGUUUUUGUCCUUGCUAACCUUCCUGGGGCCUGUGAACUAGCCGCAGCAUGUCACAUAAACUCCUGAACAGAGGAGGGGGGGGGAUAGGAUGGGAGCUGAGUGUGAAUAGAAAUGUGGGUUGGUUUGGGAAUAGAAAAUUGUUCCUGCAUGAGAUGGCUCUGGGUGUCUGGUACCACUCUUUCAUUCCCCCAACCAAACCUGGUCUAUUGGUGCUCCUUCAACAUUCUUACUGUCUACCUCUCACUGGGGCCGGUGGGGGUGGGGAUCCUCUCUGAGGUGACUUGCCUGAGCAUAGGGUUCUGUCUGUCACUGAAGGACCCAGCUGGGCUGGGCUUUGCCGUUCAGCAUUUUGUCUGUCUCACCGGUCAUACAUUGUUCCACAAUUGCCUCCAUGUGUUAUUCCAUGCCUCCAGGUGGGGCUGGGAAGCAGCAGCUCCUUGUGCAGGGGCAAGACACUUUGGAAAGUACCAUUUGUUCCUAGACCCCUUUCUGACCACACACACAGACCCACUGAACUUCAGGUCUUAUGAGUCCAGCACCUGGCCCCACCCACAGUCCCCACACUAGACUUGGUUGUGCCUGUCUUUGACCACAGCCUCAUAGCUGGUCUCUGGCAGUGGUCAGUACAGGCGAGGAGCGACCACAAUCAAACCUGCAGGGCAGGCCCCGAGGGUUUGUUAUCUUCCAUUCAGGCCAGAAGUACAGACCCUGGUAAGGCUUUCAUUUUCACUUCAGAUUCAGCCCUGAGAGAUUGGGACAGUAUGCUUUUUACUUAACCCUGGCUUUUUAUUUAAUUUUUCCAUCUGUGAAAGCUUGGAAACACAGCUGGGAAGUUUUUAUUCAUUUGCUUAGUAGAUAAUGUACAGAGCUCCUUGUGUAUGUCUGUGACUGGUUAGACCCCACACCCCACACGGAGCUCCCAGUUCAGAGGAAGGCCAGACAAUUAAAGAGCAGUUACAAUGA